UGCCCGAGGGCCACCUAAAUCUGGGGAUAUGCUUGGGUCCCCCAUGAUCCACACCUGGGGUGGUCAUCGACGGAGGGCUUCCUGCUCUUCUUGGAGACUUCAGUGAGGAGGUCGGGUCUGGAGGGACUGGGGACCAGAGCUGCCUAUCUAGCCUACCACUGUCGGCUGGAUAGGAAUGCCCGGGUUUUCGACGACAACAGAGUUCAACCGAGGGUGGUUACGGACAGGACCCUUUGUCAUGCGAAGGAGAUCUCCUGCGCCAGCACACUGUCGUCCCUUGGGACGGCUGGGGAAAUAUGGGGUUCCUCUCUUGCUCCGAUAGCGUCCAGGACCAUACAGGUCUCUGGGGAGCCCCCACCCUCUUGUUUCCUCAAGGUUAAUUUUGACGGAAAUGUCGGAGAGGAAGGGUGUACCGGAGGCAACAGCUUCAUUAUCAGGGACCACGAGGCUCGACUGAUUGCGGCGGGAGGUCGGUGGAUUUUUGACACGUCUGUGGUCUGCACGGAGCUUAGGGCUGCAUGGGAAGGAGUCACCUAUGCGAGACAGGUGCUGGGUGCGGACCGCAUUUUGCUUGAGGGAGACUCGGCCAUGGUGAUAGAGUGGAUAUGAGGCCGAGGUCGCGAUGAGAGUUCGAGUAUGCUACUUUGUGAUGUUCGUAGACUCUUAGACGAGGAUGAUCUCUCAUAGGCUAAUCACAUCUACAAGAAGGCGAAUAGUGUGACUGAUUGGGUGGCCUUAUUUGCGGUCUACCACUCGAAAAGGUUCACCUGGGGCGAUGGUGCAUCAGUGCCCCAUUUUUUUGUUAUUUUUUUUUAUAAUUUUGUUGGUUGGGCGAUGGUGCAUCAGUGCCCCUUUUUUUUGUUAUUUUUUUUUCUAAUUUAGUUGGUUGUAUCACGUUCGGCGUGUGUAAGUUGUAGUUGCAAAAAAAAAAAAUAAUAAUAAUAAAUAAAAUAAAAAUAAAUGAAGAAGAUGGCAUAGCCUCUGUCCUCGAUAAACUCCUCCUUCGUUCCUUGUCUCUCCCCCACCUCUUCUUCGGUCCCCAACCCCACUGAUCGCCUCCUCUUCUUCCCUCCUCCUCGCUUCUUGUCUCCCCGUCUCUCCUUUAAUCUCCAUUUCCGGAGGAGAGCUCGACCUCGAUCUCUCGUGGCUUCCGUGGCCUCCUCCGCCUGCUACGAGAAGGAGCUCGCCGCUGCGAAGGAGGUCUCCUCUCUCGCCGCUCGCCUCUGCCACGUACUGUGGCGAAUGAGAGUUCUCUGGUCUCUUUUCUAUGGUGAUUUGGAGAGGUUUGCACUGGAAAGCGGUUCUUUUGAUUCUGACGGUACAACGGGCACUUGUGCAUUCAGAUGUCCAAUCAAAAUCUGAUAAGAGUCCUGGUACAGUAGCAGAUUAUGGUUCACAAGCAUUAGUCAGCCUUGUUUUGAAGAUGGAACUUCCAUCUGAAUCCUUUUCUUUAGUGGCUGAGGAGGAUUCCGGUGACCUAUGUAUGGACGGUGCUCAAGAAACACUAAGACGCAUCACUAAGCUUGUUAACAACACUCUACUGAUGGUAGAUAUAAUAUUACUUUGUCUGAGGAAGAUGUGCUUGCUGCCAUUGAUAGUGGCCAAUCUGAAGGGGUCCCUAUUGGCCAACAUUGGGUUUUGGGCCCUAUAAAUGGCACAGAAGGGGGAGCAUGGUUAAGAAGAAUACACACACAUAAAAGAGGAGUUUUCAAUAGUAUGAAAAAAAAUGUUUCCAUAUGAGGUUGAGUGUAAGUUCAAUUCCUGCCUAAUGUGCAGACUUGAUAGAUGGUCUUCUCUCUCUCUCUCUCUCUCUCCUCCCCAUCCCAAAAGGAAAGAACGAUACAAAGUGAUAUGCUGUGAGGGUACACAAGAAACAACAACGCAGCUUAAUAGGGGAGCAUGAAAAAAACUUGCCAUGCACGGAAAAAGUUUAUUAAGGCUUUAUUUAGAGAUCAUUAUGUACAUUGUGAGGGAGCCGUGACUAGCAUGACAAGCAGCUGUGGCUAGAUUUUGACUUAGGUUA